AUGGUGGAAACGUACGACGAUCUGAAAAAGACACUGGCGAAGAAGCUGGACGUGCCGGCGGGCUCGCAGGUGGUGACAAGGUUCGCGCCCGAACCGAGCGGAUAUCUGCACAUCGGCCACAUCAAAGCGGUGAUGCUCAACCAGUUCUUUGUCCGCUACUACGGCGGUCGGCUGAUUUUGCGCUUUGACGACACAAACCCUUCGCGCGAAAGCGAAGAGUUUGAGAAGUCGAUAAUCGAGGACCUGCGCGCAAUCGGCGUGCAUUACGACGAGCUGACCUAUUCGUCCGAUUACUUCGACCGACUGCACGACGCCAUGCUCGAACUGAUUCGCGCAGGCAAGGCUUUCUGCGACGAUACUUCGGCGGCCGACAUGAAGGAGGACCGACAAGCGCGGCGCGCGUCGGCCCACCGCGAAAAGAGCGUGGAGCAGAACUUGGCCGACUUCGCAGAAAUCUGCGCGGGCUCGGAGCGUGGGCAGAAGCUUUGCGUGCGCGGCAAGAUCGACUUUGCGGCUGCAAACGGCGCGAUGCGCGACCCAGUGUUCUGGCGCGUAAACCUCGACCCGCACCAGCGCACGGGAACGAAGUACAAGAGCUAUGCGACGUACGACUUUGCCUGCCCGCUGAUUGACUCGUGGAGCGGCGUCACGCACGCGCUGCGCGCUAACGAGUACGCGGACCGCAUUCCGCUCUACUUCUGGGUGCAGCAGGCGCUCGGCGUGCGGCCGACAAAGUUGUUCGAGUUCAGCCGGCUGAAUUUGACCAACACGGUGCUCAGCAAACGCAAGCUGAACUUUCUCGUCGACAACCAGUAUGUCGAGGGCUGGCACGACCCGCGCUUUCCGACGGUCCGCGGCAUGUUGCGCCGCGGCCUGCUGCCCGCGGCGCUCGAGCAGUUCAUGGUCGAGCAGGGCCCCAGCAAGAACACGAACCUGAUGGAGUGGGACAAGAUUUGGUCGCUAAACAGCCGUCUGCUCGACGCGCAGGCGCCGCGACUGUUCGCGGUGCCGCAAGACGCGGCGGUGCUCGAGUUCGAGCUAAUGGACGGCGACUCGCGCGUACUCAAGAGUCGGCUGUUGCACCCGAAAAACCCGUGCAGCGGGUCCAUUGACACGGUCCUCACGAAAGCUGUUUGGCUGGACCGCUCCGACGCGGCGGCGCUGUCCGAGGGCGAAGAAGUUACAUUGAUGUCGAUGGGCAACGUGGUGAUCACCGCGCUGCCCACACCGGGCCAGACGCCGCAAGUGUGGAAGGCGCGGCUAAACUUGGACGGCGACUUCAAGUCCACGAAGAAAAAGUUGCACUGGCUCUCAGCGACGGAGCCCGCAACGCGAGUCGUCUUCUACGAGUUCGACCACCUGAUCACGAAGCAAAAGCCUGAGGAGAGCGACGAGCUGCUCGACAUUUUGAACAAAGAAAGCAAAUUUAGGACGGCGUUCCGCGCCGAAAGCGCGCUGCAAGCGCGCAAGCUCGGCGACUUUGUGCAGUUCGUCCGUAUCGGCUUCGUGCGCGUGGACGCGAUCGACAAAGACGGCACGUACCACGUCAUUUUCGUCCCUUCUGGGAAGACUAAGUCGAUGAGCGUCGUCAACCUGAAGGUCGACCCGAAAGUGCUGGCGCAAGGGUCCGCGUUCGAGAAGAACUGCAAGCUGUGGCAGCAGCUGUGGAAGGCGGUGAACCUGUCGAGCGUGGUGCUGCAAGUGGUCGACGCGCGGAACCCGCUGCUCUUUUACAGCGACGCGUUUCGCCAGACGGUCGAGCGGCAGCACAAGGUGCACCUGCUAGUGCUCAACAAGGCCGACUUUCUGACGCCGGUCGACAGUCCGGGCAUGAUUUUCCCGGUGGUCGGCGACUCGCGCGCAGAC